GCGCAUUAGAUCACAAGCUGCCAUGGCCUCCAACAAGGCCUUCGUCGAGGCGUCGGCCGGCUCCGUUGGUGCGCUCUUCGCUUGCCUCGCGCUCUUCCCGCUGGACGUGGCCAAGACCAAGCACCAGGCGUCGGUCAAGUCGACCGAGGAAACAAGCGAUGACAAGACAAAGACGCGCAAGGAAGAUACGUUGAGCAUCUGCAAGACGAUCUGGGACACGGAAGGCGUCGCAGGCCUCUUCGCUGGGCUUGGGCCGAAGGCCAUCCACACGGUGCUCUCCAACUUUUGCUACUUUUACUGGUACGCGUGGCUCAAGUCGUUCUACGAGAAGAAGGUCGGGUCGCUCUCGACGGCCGCCAACUUGGCGAUCGGUGCGCUCGCCGGCGCGAUCAACAUGAGCAUGACGCUGCCGUGGGAGGUCAUCUCGACGUACAUCCAGACGUCCGGGAACCCGAACCAGAGCCAAUGGGACGUGCUCCAGGCCUUGUACAAGCAGGAUGGUGUCUUUGCGCUCUGGAAGGGCUACAUCCCGUCGCUUGUGCUCGUGUCCAACCCCGCGAUCAACUAUACGAUUUUCGACCGGCUCAAGCUCCAGCUCGUCUCGGCGUCCACGUCGCUGAGCGCGCUUCAAGCGUUCGUGCUCGCGGCCAUCGCCAAGUCGAUUGCCACCGUUAUGACGUACCCGAUCAUCCGCGCCAAGGUUAUCAUGCAGGCCAAGUCGACCGACGAGGACGACAAGAAGAGCAGCAUGACGGACAUUCUGCAGCGCAUUUGGGCGACGGACGGUCUCCACGGUUUCUUCAAGGGCUGCGAGGCGCAGCUCUUCAACACAGUGCUCAAGAGCGCGCUCUUGCUCAUGACCAAGGAGCAGAUUACGUUUCUGACUCUCAAGCUGCUCGGUGGCGCGACCAAGUCGACAGCGACGCGCUAAGCCAGGCCCGAUGCUACUAUGUACAGGGCCGUUGUGAAGCUAUAAAGAACAGACUUUGACCGGAA